CACACCACGCGCCACGGGCGCUGGGCGGGGAGUUGAGAGGCGGCGGCCUCACGUGAGAAGCUGAAAAGGGAAGAGCCGGGGCUGUGCGGGAGCGAGCUGCGGUGCUGGAAGGAGCAGCUUUUCCACCAUGAGGAUGCAAUACCUGGCGCCCGCUCUGCUGCACCUCUCACUCGUGCUGCUGAGGCCUUGUGGUACCAAUGGACAAAAUGACUCUAUCACGAAAGAAAAUGGAGUCGUCGUAUUGUCUGUCCCUGAAGUGGUUUCAUUAGAAAGUGGAAGUUCAACAAACGUCACUAUCUUUCUGAGGGCUCCACUAAAUGAGACACUGGUGAUAAUGCUUAAUAUUACACACUCCUCAAAACACAGCACCAUUAUUGAACUGCCUGAUGAAGUACAAUUGCCUGCAGGUCACACUAAAGCAGACUUCCAAGUGAAAGCAGAGGAUGUUGGACAAGUAACAGUUUAUCUUUAUACCAUUAAUUUCAACUUAACUGGACCUAGGAUUCAAUUUCAAGUGAUUCAUAGCGUCAUAGUGCGGUAUGCUGAUGAAGUGAUUGGCUGGAUCUAUUUCCUCGCCUGGUCUAUCUCCUUCUAUCCUCAACUCUUCGAGAACUGGCGACGAAAGAGUGUUGUUGGACUAAGCUUUGACUUUAUAGCAUUAAACCUCACUGGCUUUAUAGCAUACAGUGUAUUUAAUGUUGGACUCUUCUGGAUUCCCUUGAUUAAGGAGGAAUUCUUAGUCAGUUAUCCCAGUGGGGUGAACCCUGUGGCUGUCAAUGAUGUUUUCUUCAGUCUCCAUGCAGUAGCUGUGACUCUCCUCACUGUAAUUCAGUGCUGCAUCUAUGAGAGAGCAGGUCAGAAAGUAUCCAAAGUUGUUGUUGGACUACUGGCACUUGCAUGGAUCUUCACAUUUACGAUACUCUUUCUUGCUGCAGCUGAGGAAAUGACAUGGCUACAGUUCUUAUUUUGCUUCUCUUACAUUAAGUUAGCAGUCACACUGAUAAAAUAUUUUCCACAGGCAUACAUGAAUUUCCGUCGGAAGAGUACUGAGGGAUGGAGUAUUGGAAAUGUAUUACUGGACUUCACUGGUGGAACCUUCAGCCUUCUCCAGAUGUUUCUUCAGUCAUACAACAAUGAUCAGUGGAAGUUAAUCUUUGGAGAUCCAACCAAGUUUGGCCUGGGUGUCUUUUCCAUUGUCUUCGAUAUUGUUUUUAUGGUCCAGCACUACUGCCUUUAUAGGAGACAAGGGUAUGAACGUUGUGAAUAACAUCACUUGUGAAGACAACAACUUUAAAUUGAACUUGCCCCUCCCCUGGCUGAGGGCUUUCAAGAUGCCAACUGCCAGUUACUAGAACUGCAGAUCCUGAUCUCUGUUUUUACUCUGAUACUCUCUGGUAUGGAAUACAAGCUGUUGCCUUGCCAAAUGCUGACUGCCAGAUGCCUUAAAGGACAACAAGCUCUCCAGCCACCACUUGGAAGACUCAUGCCUGUGCAGCUGCAGACAGCUUAGCAUGAGCUGUCCAAGCAACAUGUGGCAACAUUAACAGGGAAGAGAAAGACCAGAGUAAUAUCUUUCUGACUGGAAGCAAAGCACAAAGAGCCAAGUUCUGGCUUCCAAAAAUCUGAGAUGAUUAAGCAACCACUUAAUAUUUUAAUGUAAAGACCAAAGACUGUCUGUGUAUCAAAGUGCUGCUGCUGACUCCACAGACAGAUCACAGUAAAACACCACUCAGGUUGGCUGUUAACAGAUGUAGUGGCACAUAAAAAAGAAUAAUGAAGUUAGUAGCAAAUAAUACAUGAAUAUUAGGACCUGAGCUCUUUAUUAAAAGAAAACUAAGAAGCAGAAACUAUUCUUCUCACUAAAAGAUCUUUCAAAGGUGCUAAGGCAAAUGUUCAGAUUUAUCUGAAUACUUCUAGUGCACUAACUUCAUUUUGCUCAGUUCUACUGACAUGCCUUGAAUCCUAAAUGGUGGAUGGUAAAGAUUAAAGAUUUAUCAAAGAGAUUAUUUAAGUGUAUCAUGUUAACAGCCCCAUAAUUAAACACAUUUUUGUUCCCGGACAACUUCAUAACUACAUGUGGUUUGUUCUAGGUAGAGAUCAAGGUCUUGAGUUACUUGGAGAUAAGCAUUAUACCCUUUAAAAAACCAGAAAGGAAUCCAUGUAUUUGUACUUUACUUGAAUGCUUAAAAGCUACUCUGUCUUACUAGGUGUGAACAUAAAAACUAGAGCCCCUUCUCCCCCUGCUAGAGACCAGAUGAUUUAACAGCUCACUAACACUGCAACUCCCCCCCAGUAAAACCAGACUUUACUAACCUCAGACUGCAGUGUGUUGAUGUAGUCCACAAUCCACUCUGAGCCAGAAAGAAGGUCUCAGCCAGAGGCAGUCAAGUGAAGUAGCAUUCUUAAUGUUAGGAGAAACAGCUCAGGAAAUCAAACUCUUGUUUUAUUGUGUGUAAAAUCAAGUGAAAUAGCAGUACAAAUAGCAGUGUAUCUUUAUAGUAACAAAAAUAACUUCAACUUGAAAGCCUUAAAAUUUUACCACUGAACUUUUAAGUUACAAAAUUGAAAAGCAGGAUUGUAAUAAUUCCAUAGAUUAUAAAAAAUGGUAAAUAGGCAUCUGCUGGUGUGUCUGAGAUGCAUCAAUCACAACAUACAUACAUGGCACAGCAGUAAUGUACUGAAUAAGUUAGUCUGCCACCUCCUCAUGUUCUAUUUACAACAGCUUACCUGAAGACUGCUAAAGGAAAGUAUAGAUAGUGUAUAAAAUCAACUGAUGGGGAUUGAGAACUCCAGUUUUUGGAUAACUGUAAAGCUAGCUGGUUAACAAACCACGAGGAUGCUAGAUAAUUAACUCAGUGUUGCAGCAAGGAUCUUAAAUCCUGUGGCAUGUAGAUUGAAACAUCUUACCAGAAGUUUAAGUUUGGUCAAGAGGCACUUUUGCAAGUUACUGGCAUAUUCAUCUCUUCCAUCCAAUAAAUCAGUGAUUUAAGCAGUCUUCUAGAAGACAGACCAAAAUCUACCCCUCCCACCUCAAGUCUGCUAAGAGUGGAAUGAAGAACCAAAGAUUACAGCUACAAGCAGCUCUUUUUUUUUUAAAUUCAGCAAUAGUGUUUUCUUUCCUGCUCCAUAUUCCUUUCAUUUAAACUUGAUUCACUUGAUGUUACAAAUUACUUGGGAACAAGGAAAGUUUUUACUCUGACAGUGCAGUUGAACUGUAGUGUGUGUGAACUUCUAGUGUGCUUCACAGGCAUUAAUCUAACACUUCUGUGUUACUUAAUUGUUUCUUGUCUGAAGAGGCUGCUUUGCACAGGGAAUCUCUGCAGUAAGCCGUAAUGCCCCAAACCCUUCGGCAUACUCUAGCUAGCUAGCACACAGUGUGGGAUUAGUACAGUGUUGCUCCCCACAGCAGUGUGCAACUCUUAAUGCUGGCAUUCUAAUUUGAUAGCAGGACAGGACAGUUCACUUCUAAAAGCUUAAGCACAGCAAAUCCUCUUACCUUCCAUAGCAGAAACCACAUUUCCUGGUUUGUGCUAUAAAAGAAUCCUGUCAAAGUUAAGGCUUUUCCAGUUGCUCCCUUACAUAAAUGGGGUUUGUCCUGUCCUCCUCAAAGCCAUGACUAUAUAAUAAAGUCUUAACCGUGUACCUGCAGGGAAGACUUUAGAGAAGCACUCUUGCUGGGGGGAGUAGAGUUUUACUACUGCCAGUUAAACCAGAGAAA